GGGAGGACAGGGUCGGAGGUAAAAAUCACCGGCGAGGGCCUGAGCUUGGAAGGGCAUGGAGGGGUACCGUGGUGCCGAGUGCGACAGGGCGUCUGAGACCUCAUCCUUCGUAGAGGAUGAAGAAGAAGAGGAAGAAGAGGAGGAGGAGGAGGAAGAAGAAGAGGAGGAGGAGGAGGAGGCUGUGGACCCAGAGGAAGCGGAGGAGCUGACUAACAGUUUAAAAGAUGUUAUCCAAAGUGGAGAUGUGAAACCCAAGCUACAGUACAUCAUGACUAACCCUUCCUUUUCUAUGGUAACAGUUCAAAGUGAAGACAGUGGGAUAACCUGGGAAACCAGCUCAAGCAGGUGUUCUACUCCCUGGGCCUCAGAAACUAGCACAACUUCUGAUCGUUACAGUAUGGAAAGUUCACCGGUAGGUUCUCCUCCAGGAAAAGUGAUCUUUAUUUUGGAUGAAGGUAAGAUUGUGCGGAAAAGGAAGCGCAAAUCUUCGAAUAGGCUGCCGAUGGCUGCAAGCCUGAAGGGAGGCCAGGGCAAUAAAAAACGUGACUCUUCUGGAAUGCAGAGGCAAGAAUCAAGAACUGUUCUAGGAGAUGUGCAGGCCUCCAUGUUGAACGUUGAACAGGUGGAAGCACAAGACACAGACGAGGAAAUGCUGGAUGACGAAGAAGAUCUAGAGAACAUCGCAGAAAUGCCAGUAAAACGUGCUCCCAUAAGAUCAAUAUUUAGAGAGAGCAGACUGAGAAAAGUAGGACCGAUCCUUGGAGGACCAGUACAAGCUAGAAUCCAGCUGUUCAACUCAAUUUUUGGAGGGACCGGGCCAGCCCCUGAAACAUUGGAGAAAACCAGAACGCAGAGAAGUAGCUCUGUUUCAGAUGCUGAACAGUUCCUUGAAAUGUCAGUAAAAGAAAGAUUGCAGCAGUUCAGUUCAUUUUCAGAAGCAACUCGUCCAAAACCUUUCCAGAGAGCAAGAAGUGUAACUCUUGAAACACCAUCGGAGAGAAGAAGGCAGCAACGACAACGCACAGCACAUACAAAUCAAAGCUAUUCUUCGUCAACAACACCUCUUGAAAAACAGCUUACUAAUAAAGAUGAUGUUUCAUCCAAAAAUACUAAACUCAUUAAAAUGAAAGAUCAAAUAAGCAGAUUUUCAAGCUUUGGUACAGAAACAACUCUUCAACACGAAGAAAGAAAAGAAAGACUGUCUCUUUCUGAGGCUCCAAAUAAGGUAUCGAGACAUUCACUGAAGUCCUGCCCUCCUGAAGAAGUUAGGAAGCAGGAAAGUUAUUCACCUGCAGCCAAGACAUCAAUAACAGAGCAAACAACUUCUAAUUCAUUAGAAUCUGAUGAUAAAUCAGAGAAACAAGUGCCGCUUCUCUCAGCUGAAAAUGCCAACAAGAAACCAGAUCAAUCCCUGCUGACAUCAUCAGAUCAUCUAGAUGAACCAAAGGUGCAGGAAAUUCAUCCUGAUUUUGCACAACAGUCUGUUUCAGCAGAUUUUGUUAAUGAAUUAGAUAGACAAAAUACCCAACCUAUUUUGCCUGCAGCAUCUGUGUCAGAACAUGCUGAGAAGGAAGUGCAGAAGUCAGCAGUUCAGUCUUACUUACCUAGUGCUCCACCAUCUAAAUCCAUAUAUUCCACUCCAUCUGAAACAAGACAGGAGGAUAUUGCUUCUCAGUCAUCAGAAACCACACAGUGUGAGUCUGAACACAUGCUUUUACCACAUUCUCUAGAUGAAACAGAGAAGCAAGAAACUGAGUGUCACUCAUCAACAGCACUUUCAGAAACUGAGCCUUCAGGUCUAUUGUAUUCUGCUGAAAAAAGAGAGGGUCAAAAGACCCCACCACCAGGAAGCCUAAAUGUUCCUUUAGAGGAGCAAACAAAGUUCAAACAAGACUUUUCCUUCUCCCUUCGGGAAACAGAGGAGCAGCAAAUUAAACUUCAUUCACCUAUUCCUGAAAAGAUAGAUUCUAAAUAUUUCGGCAUUUCAUAUCCUAUUCACACAGAAACAGAAGAAACUCAGAAAACUUCAGCUAUAAACAAAGCAAUAGAUUUGGAUCACCCUGGUUUUUCCAUUGAAGAAACCAAAGAAGCAGAAAGUGUGCAAAUGGAGAUAGAGCAUUCAGAUUUCUCAUAUUGCAGCAAAGACACUGGAGAAUCAGAGAGAACACAGAUGAAGACAGAGCAUCCAGACGUCUCUUUUUCCAGGAAAGAAACAGAGGAAUCAGAGAGUGUGGAAAUGGAGAUGGAGCAUCCAGACUUUUCUUUUUCCAGGGACAAAAUGGAGGAACCAGAGGGUGCACAACUGGAGAUAGAACAUCCAGAUUUCUCAUAUUCCAGGGAAGAAACAGAGGAAUCAGAGAGCGCAAAACUGGAGACAGAAUAUCCAGAAUUGCUUUUUUCCACAAAAGAAACAGAGGAAUUGGAGAGUGCCCAACUGGAGACAGAGCAGCCAGAUUUCUCACAUUCCAUGAAAGAAACAGAGGAAUUGGAGAGUGCAAAACUGGAGACAGAGCAUCCAGAAUUUUUUUCCAAGGAAGAAACAGAAGAAUCAGAGGGUGCACAGAUGGAGAUGGAGCAUCCAGACUUUUCUUUUUCCAGGCAAGAAGUGGAGGAAUCAGAAAGUACACAGGUGGAGACAGAGCACCCAGAUUUCUCAUAUUCCAGAGAAGAAAUGAUACAAUCAGAGAGUGCACAGUUGGAGAUGGUGCAUCCAGAGUUUUCUAUAUUCAAGGAAGAAGUGGAGAAAUCAGAAAGUGCACAGCUGGAGACAGAGCAUCCAGAUUUCUCACAUUCCAUGGAAGAAAGAGAGAAAUCAGAGAGGGCAAAACUGGUGAAAGAGCAUCCAGAUUUUUUUUCCAAGGAAGACACAGAAGAAUCAGAGAGUGCACAGCUGGAGAUGGUACAUCCAGACUUUUCUUUUUCCAGGCAAGAAAUGGAGGAAUCAGAAAGUGCACAGCUGGAGACAAAACAUACAGAUUUCUCAUAUUCCAGCAAAAAAACUGGAGAAUCAGAAAAUGUGCAACUGGAGAUAGAGCACUCAGAUUUCUCAUAUUCCAGAGAAGAAAUGGGAGAAUCAGAGAGUGCACAACUGGAGAUGGUGCCUCCAGAGUUUUCUAUAUCCAGGGAAGAAGUGGAGGAAUCAGAAAGUGCACAGCUGGAAAUGGAACAUCAGGAGAUUUUAUUUACCAGGGAAGAAACAGAAGAACAAAAAUCUAUUCAUUCUGAACUGGAACACCCUGAAGAUGCAGAGCGAGAAGAAACAGCACAGCUUGGACUGGUACCUUCAGAUUUAUCGUGUUUGAUGGAAGAAGCAGAGAAAAACACUACAGAACUCCAGUUGGUACACCCAGAUAUAUUUGAUUCCACUAGAAGAGCUGAGACACAGCAAACUGGGUAUCUGGAAACAGCACGUUCAGAUUUACCAUAUCGCACAAAUGAAACAAAGCAGCAAGAAUUAGUACAAGCAGAUUUGGACAAUUCUCUUACGUCAUAUUUGGGUGACAAAGGAGAACAACCGCAGCCUGUACAGCAGGACUCACAACCUGGAGAUAAGCUGUAUUCCCCUGCCAAGGCAGUGCCAGGAGUAACUACUCAACUGCAGUCAGAGCAUCCAGUUUUGUCAUAUUCUACUGGAAAAGAACAGCAACAUAAAACCUCACAGCUGAGGGCAGAACAGCCGGAGACAUUGCAUUCUACUGGCAAAACAGAACAACAUGAAAUACUUCAACCAAAGUUGGAACAAGCAGAUUCACCAUAUUCCCAGGGAGAAACAGCACAAGAAGCUGUACAAAGACACUUAGAUGGUACAGGGCCAUCAUAUUUCAUUAGUGAAGCAAAGCAACAUGAAAAUGUACAACGAGCUUCAGAAAACAGGGAUUUCUCAUUUACCACUGGAGAAAUAAUGCAAGAAGGAGUGGAGUCAGGAUCUUUGAGCUCCUCACAUUUGAUUGACAGAGCAAAGCUCUGGGAAAUGGCACAAACAGAGCCGGAGCAGUCACUUCCCUCCUCUUCCACUACUGGUAGUCAGCAACAGGAAUCAACACCUCUGGAUGUGACCCAUCCAGAUACAUCAUAUUCCUUUAGCAGAAUGGAACAACAAGAUACAGUACAAAGAGAGCUGAAACAGGAAGCAGCCCAACAAAAAGUUACGCAAAUGGAAAUGGAGUAUUCAGAUUUGUCAGAAAUCUGGGGGAAAGAAGAGCCACAGGUCACAGACCAAAUUAAUUUGUCACAGCAAGAAAUAGCUCAGCCAGAGUUUGUACAUCCAUCUAUGCCGUACUCUUUCAGUGAACAAAUGCAAGAAGAAAUGCAAACAGAGCCAGCAUAUCCAGAGCAGGCAUUUUAUGUAAGUACAAAAAUGCGGGAGGAAAUGGCACAACACAAAUCAGAGCAACCAUUUCUUUCAUGUGUUGCUGGCAAAACAAAGCAACAAGAAACAGUACAUCCAAAGCUGGAGCAAACAUUUUUGCCAUCUUCCAGUGGAAAAGAACCUCCACUGGAAAAGGAAAUGAGUUCAGAAUAUCCAGAAUUGUCAUAUUUCUUUCAUGAAGCUGAACAACAAAAAAAGUUGGAACAUCCAACCUUACCAUUUCGUUUGAAGCAGCAAGAAACUGCACCACUGGUGAUGGAACAUCCAGAUUUUUCACAUGACAGUGGUGAAGCAAAACCAGGCAACAUCACAGAGCGGGAGUCGGGACAUCCACAGCACUCAUACUCUGUGGGAGAAACACAACAACAAUCAGAACAUUUGGAUUCACCAGGAACCCUGGGAACCCUGGGUGAAGCAGCGCAAGAUGAAAGUAUGGAAGUGGAAUCUAAAUACUCAAGUUUGUUAUGUUCUGAUGGCCAAAGAAACCAGCAAGAAACUUCACAUUUGGAUUCAAAAUAUCCAGAUUUAUCAUUUUCCUUCGGUAAAGCCAAAGAACAAGCAAUUCAAGAGUUUGAGUCUGAACAUCAUGAAUUACCUAAAGCGGCCAGAAAAAGAGCUUUUCCAGCAACUGCACAAAUAGAGUCAAAACAUCCAGAUUUGACAUAUUCCCCUGGCAAAGAAAAUGAGCCGGAAAUUGCAACAUGGGAAAUGAAGCAUCCUUAUGUGUCACAUUCCAGUGAUGAGACAAUCCAACAAGAAGUAGUACUGUUGGAUCAGAAACACAGAAAAAUUUCUCUUGGCAGAGAAAAGCAGCAGCAAACCACAAAACAGCAGUUAAAGCAAGAAAAGUUACCACACACUCCUGGUAAAACAGAGCAAUUGAAACACGCCCAAGAGGACUCGGGUCAACCAGAUUUAUCGUUUUCCAUUGACCAGCCAGAAGAUGAAAUGGCCCCACCAGAGGCAGAGCACACUGAUGUGAUGUAUCCUCUGGACAAUGAAGAGGCGCAACAAAAAGUACAACAAGAAGGAGAGCAAACUUACCCCUUUGGAAAAGCAGAACAGAAAAUGGUUCAGCCAGAAGUGGAAAUUCCACCUUUGGCCCAUUCUGUGGGUACAGCAGAGGAAGAAAUGGCAGAACCAGGGCAGAGACAUCCUGACUUGCCUCAUUCUGUUUUCAAAGCAGGAGGACUGCAAACUGCUCAGCUGAAACCUGAACACCCUGGUCUAGCACAUUCUCUUGACAAAGUGCAGGAAACCACCCAGCUGAGGAUGGCACAGCCAGACGCAUUGGGUGAUCAUGACAAAACAGAGCAACUCCCACCUGCCCAGCUGGAGCUGGGCCACACAGACCUGGCAUCCCCCACCGAAAAAGUGAGGCAGCAAGGGAUGGAGCACACAGCCUUGGGACAUCCUGAUGAGGGACAGUCUGUCAGCAGAGCAGAGCACUCACAGGCUGCAAAAAAGAAACUAGGAGCUCCAGAUGCAUCAUCUCAUAGCAGAAAAGUGGAGCAAAGAGAAAUGGCAAAACCAGAGCCAGAGCAUCCUGAUUUGUCUUAUUCCAUUGAUAAAAGACAAACAGAAGAAACUACACAACUGGUGUUAGGAAAACCAGAUCUAUCGUUUUGGCCUGGCAAAACAGAGCGAGCACAAACUGCUCAAGAGGAGCAGUCAGGCUUCUUGGAUUCUUUCAAAAAUGCUGCACAAGGUGAGAAAGCGCAGCCAGAAUUGGGACAUUCACAGUUAUCUUAUUCUGUUAGUGAAGCUGAACAAGAAACUGCACUUGCAAAAUUUAACCAUUCAGAUUUAUCUGCUAGCAGAUUAGAACACUGUGAAAUCAUACAACCAGAGGCAGAAAGAAUGGAUUUAUCAUGUUCAGUUGGUGAAACACUGCAACCUCAAAUUGCUGAAGUGGAUUUGGAGUAUCCGGAUUUAUUGCAUUCCGCUGGCACAGUACAGCAACAAGAAAAGAUUCAAACAGAGCAGGAACAGCCAAGUGAUUUUUCAUCAUCUCUCAGCAAAGAAGAGCAAGGGGGAGGAGCAGGAUUGCAAGGGGAACUCCCUGACCUGCAGUGCUCUAUGGGGAAAGCAGAAGGACUGCAAAAUUCCCAAGAUUCCAAAGCAAAAUCAGAAUAUGCAGAUCUGUCAUUCUCUGUUGACACAGCAGAACCUCAGAAAGCAACACAGCCAGAGUUGAAAGAACACGAUUUGUUGCAUUCUUUUAUCAAAACAAAGCCAUCCUGGGCUGUCUCACUGAAGUCUGAACAUCCAGAUGUCUCGGAGGCCAUGGGCAAAGUACGAGGCCCUGAUUUGUCCUCUUCUGUUAGUGAAGAAAAACAAAGUGAACAACUGGAGGUCAAACAGAGGAGGGGAAGCUAUACAUUUCACCCAGAGGAAACAGUACGGCUGAAAUUGGAACAUCCAAUGUUUUCAAGUUCUCAUGGCACAACAGAGCAACCAAAUAGGGCCCCACUGAAAGGGGAAUUCCCAGACUUCUUGCAUUCCUCUGGCAAAAAUGAGCAACAAGAAAUGGCAAAACAAGAGUUGGAGCAUUCAAAUUUAUCAUAUUCUACAGAUAAAACACAGCAACAAGAAGCCACACAGCUCGGGUUAGAACAACCAGAUUUACCAUCUUUCCCUGGGAAGGCAGAGCAACCACAAACUGUUCAAGUGGAAGCAGAGCAUCAGGACUUGCCGCAUUUCACUGGCAAAAGAGAACAGCAACGAACAGCACAACCAGAGGUUGAGCAUCCAGGUUUGUUGUACUCCAGUGACAAAGUAGAGCAGCCAUCGGCAACACAACAGAAAUCAGAGCAGCUUGUAACACCCCAUCCCAUUGGAAAAACAGAGCAACAAGGAAUGGCGCAUCCAGAGCAGGAGCUUCUCAGUUCAUCAUAUUUCACUUGCAGAACACUGUCACAAGAAGCAACAGAAAUGGACUUAGGGCAACAAGAUUUAACAUAUGCCCUUGGUAAAGCAGAGGAAAUGCAAACUGUGCAAGGUGAACUGGAACAUUCAGGUUCAUUGUAUUCUCCUGGCAAAAUAGAACAAGAAAUGGUGUUGCCAGAGUUGCGACAUCCACAGCUAUCUUAUCCUGUUAGAGAAAUAGAAGAGGAAGCUACCCAUGAGAAAUCAAACUAUCCAGAUUUGUCAUAUUCUAUUGGUCAACAAGGACACCAUGAAAUUGAACAACCAGAGGAGAAAGAAAUGGAUUUAUCUUACCCAGCUGGCAAAUCAGAGCACUCACAACCUGUCCAAGAAGUACUGCAACAGCAAGAGCUUUCGGAGUCCUUCAGCAAACGAGAGGAGAAGGGAAUGGCUCAGCCUGGCUUUUUGCACUCCCUUGGUGAAGAAAAGCAGAAACAAGCUUCACAGUUAGACUUAGUACAACCAGGUUUAUCACAUUCACUUGGCAAAACAGAAGAAGAGGAAACUACACAAGCUGGGUUCAUGCCUUCUGAUUUUUCAUAUUCCACAGGAAGAGCAGAGCAGUUGCAACCAGAACAACCAAAAUCGAAACGUCCAGAUUUGUCAUAUUCUCCUGGUGAAGCAGAGACUCAUGGAAUGAAAUCACCAGGUUUAUUGUACUCUUAUGGCAAAGCAGAGCAACCACAGACUGCCCAGCUGGAGCAUCCAGAGACAUCAUAUUUCCCGGGUGAAAUAGAGUGGAGAGAUGGGACCCAACCUGAACUGGAGUGCAUUAAUUUGCAGUACUCUGUUGUUGAAACAGAGCAACCAGAAACACCUUCUGUAUCAUACACGUUUGGCAGGACCGAGGAGCAGGGAACUGCACAACCUGAUUUUGAACAAUCAGAUUUAUUAAGUCCUACUGACAAAGCAGAAAAGCAUGAAAUGACCUCGCUGAGAGCAGGACUUUCAGAGAAGCAAGACCCUGGGGCUACUUCAUCUCUAACUGCUCAGCUGGAAACUGAGCAACAAGAUUUAUCCGUUUCCAUCGAGGAAGCAGAGAGCCAGAAAAUUCAGCCGUAUUCAUCUCUUACUGAACUAACAGUGUCUGUACCUUCGAGUGUUUCCCAUUCUGUCUUUGAAACAAAACCAGAAGGAAGUCCAAAGCCUUCACCUGUAACUGGAGGUGUGUCGCCCAAGCACUUAGAUUCGUCUUACAGCCAUUGUAAAACAGAGCUGUCAGAAACUGCCCAGCCGGAGACAGGUUUCUUCUUUGCAAGAAAAGAAGCAGAGUCUACAAAAACUCAUCUACCUUUGCUGGUGAGUGCACAGUCAGAGGCUGAACAUGUAGUUUUACCUGAAACAGAGAGAGAACAGAGUCCACGUUACUUCCACACAGCUAUGCAAUUAGAAUCUGAGCAAUUAAAUUUAUCAUUUUCUACAGAUAAAGCAGAAACUCUAGAAAGUCAAGAUUAUUCAACUGUGCCUUCGAAACUGGAGUCUGAACCUUCAGUUCCAUUUUAUUCAGCUGGUGAAACAUGUCAGCAAGAAGUUCCACCUUACUCAAAACCAGCCUCUGAGUAUUUGGUUCCCACAUGGUCCUCCCUUGCUGAACAAGAAAAGCAAAGCAUACAGCCACUUAUUCCCCCAUCUGCACAAUCAGAGUGUAAACAUGUAAUCCCACCACAUGAUGAAAAAGAAUUGCAAAAAAUUCGGCUCUAUUCACCUAAAUCAGCAAGCUUGAAGACAGUCCAGUUGGAGAGUAUGUCUCCAACACACACACAAGACCAAGAUGAGCAAGAAUCUCAAGAGCGUUUGUCGGACACAAAAUAUUUGUCAUCAGAGCAGCUAAGUCCCCUCAAAUUCCCUAUUGAGCAGGAUAAGCAAGAAAUACAACCUGAUGUGCAGACAGUGCCAAGGUCAGUGACCACAGAGUCAAAGGUGACUGCUGUAGCAGACCGGCAAGGAGCGUCCUCAGAUGCGUUUGUACCUUUUCAGACUUUACCUGAAAAGUCAGUAUCAGUGCUUUUCACUGAUGAUGAAGAGAAACAAAAUAUUCCAUCAUCUUUUUCUGAUGUAGUAGGCAUGCUUGGAAAGCAACCUAGCAUAGUUUCAGGCAUUUAUCCUGAAGGAAAGGAUAGACAUGAAAUACAACCGUAUUUUGCAGACCAAAAGCACACAUCCUUAGAGCAUCUGGGAGCUGUUUCACCAGGUCUUGUUUACGAAACUGUGACACACAAAACUCAGCAUUACUCUAGUGAACAGGGCAGCCUUUCUUCAGCAGAGAUGAAGUCUGUUAGCUCUAGUUCUGAUGAAAAGCAGAAUCCAGAUAUUCCAUCUUUUGGGCUAUCUAGCUGGCUGGCAGAAGAGGUGAAAUCUCGGUCAAUUAGUCCAAGAGCUACAGAAGUAAACAGGCAAGGAAUUGAACUUUCUUCAAAUGAAGCUUCUGAUUUUGGAUUUGAAAAAAUCCCAUCUGGAAGUUGCACAGAACUUACAGUUCAUGAUACUACAAAGAAUAAAAGAGAUAUGUUGAGAGUUGCUGAUUCAGUGUCAAGUGAAAUUUCCCACAGAGUGUCCUUAGAAACUAGUCACAGAGUGCAAAGGUAUGAUUUACUACCUCUGGGACGAGAUAAUCCAGACAAAGUUCCAGAUCAUGAAACUGGUAGUGGAAACCCUAAAAAACUGGAAGCAAAGCAACAUCCAGAGGUAGACAAAGUGCCUGAAGUGCCUGAACAGUACCUGAGAGGACAAGAGGAAGAAAUGGAACGUGUGAGCACUGUAGAAGAAAGUCGGCAUGCUCCAGAGCCUACUGAACAAAAAGAUCUAUUUAAUAUAAUUUCAGAAGGUUAUGAAAUACUCAAUAUUCAUGCUCCUACACAUAUUUCUUCUGUAGAUCAAGAAGAAAGUAAACACAUGCCAGAUAAACUAGAAUACUUGGAAACAAAUCCUUCAUUUAAAAGAAAAUUAGCUGAAGAUGGCCAUAGAGCUUUAGCUUCUGGAACAACCACAGAAAUUUCAGAAAGCUCAGUGUUGGGAAAGCCUGCAAGCCAUGAACUGAAAGAACUGGCCAAAAAUGAUGAUGUUGAAGAAUCUGAAGAAGCACAAGAAGAAAAUUCCAUGUUGCCAGAAAACAAUAAUAAUACAGAGUUGGAUCCUGAUAAUGGUACGGCCGAUAUGGAUUAUUUUGAAAAAUAUACGUUGAUUGAUGACAAAUCCCCAAUUAAGCCACAUUUUGAAAGGCCUAGUUCAUUGUUUCCUGUGACAGAAGAACCCAAUGAACCUGCGGAAGAAGCCACAUCUUUUAAAGAAAGUGCUGAGGUAGGUACUUUGGAAGAGGAGUUUUCCUUACUUGAGGAUCUGGAUGAAGUCUUUUAUGGUACUGUGAAAGGAGAAAGCAAAACACAGUCCCAUGCAGAUGCCCCAAAACCUUUACCUCUGCAGAAAUCAAUUGAUAUUAGCAGUAAAAAGAUUACAAAUGUAGAAGAUGAUCAGAAGUCACCAGGGAGCCCACUCUUUGAUUCAGAAGAAGGAGUGCUAGAACGAUCUCUGUUGUUCCCUACCACCGUUGCUGCAGUUAAUCCAGAACUUCUAGAGGAACCACCUGCUCUGUCAUUUUUAUACAAGGACCUCUAUGCAGAAGCACUAGGAGAAAAGACAAAGGACGAGACUCCUUCUGAUGAGGAAAGUGGUAAUUCUAAUGCGUCUUUCACUAGUAGAAAUUCAGACACGGAUGAUGGAAUGGGAAUAUAUUUUGAAAAAUACAUUCUUAAAGAUGAAAUUCCAAGUAAGGCCAUAGGGCAUCAAAAGGAUCAGAUACCAGAGGAUGAGUCCUUUAGUGGAGGAAUUUCAUUUCAGAGUUCGGAGGACAAACACAAGCAGGGGUCUGGAGUUGUUCAACGUGUCAGAACUGAGGUUCUGCCAGAAAGGGGUGCUGUGGAGAAAGCCCAGUUUGACAGUGACAUUCAAGCAACAAUUUGUAAACCAAUGCAUGCCAUUCCUUUUGGAAGCCAAGUAAUUCUUUCAGGUGCAAGAAGUGAUACCACUGAACAAAGAGAAGAAGAAAAUGUACCUGUAGAAACAACUGAGGAGUUGCCGGAGCAAUCAAGUCAUCAAGUAUCUAGUCAACCAGCGGAUUAUCAGGGAGCUGCGUAUCAAGAAGCUAGUAAUAAGCAGGAAGAACAGCAUGAAAUAAUAGCAGUUCCUGAAAUCGAAAAAUACGUCCCAUAUGUCCGAACUCCUGUUGAAGACAGUGAAGAUGAUCAGGAGAAUCUUUCUUAUGUCCCUACCAUUCAGCAAACGGAGAAGCCAGACGUUCAAAGAGAGGAACGGCACCCUGAUGUUUAUGAAGAUCUCGCUGAGUCAAUGGACUAUGAUGUGAUUACACAAGAAGAACUUUUGCAAGAUGAAAUAUCAUCUCAAUUCACACAUGAGGAGCUAUUAUUUGAAGACAGGGACUCUUUUGAGCAUGUUGGUGAUAGUUAUGAAUUUGUUAAUGAGCCAGACCAAAGAACACCUGUUGAGCUUGAAGAUUCAGGCUUUGUGGUGAUGUAUCCUGAAAAAUCAGCAACAAACAGUCCUCAAGUUGAGAGCCCACAGAGAGAACUGAAGAAAGCGCAAGCAGACACAUAUUGUUACCACUGCAAAUGCCCCAUAUCUGCUAUUGACAAGCUUUUUGGAGACCAUAAAGACCAUGAAGUCACAGCACUAGGUGAUGCUGCAACCAAGAUGAAGGAUCGCUUAGGUGAAUUGCUAAUAGCACUGGAAGAAAAGUCAAUGAAGAUUGAAGCAUUUGUGAGUGAUAUUGAAUCGCUAUUUAACUCUGUUGAGGAAAACUGUAAGAAAAAUGCAGAGUUAUUGGAAAAGCAAAAUGAAGAGAUGCUUAAGAAAGUGGUAGCACAAUAUGAUGAGAAAUCAGAGAACUUUGAGGAAGUGAAGAAGAUGAAAAUGGAGUACCUGUAUGAGCAGAUGGUUAACUUCCAGCAAACUGUUGAUUCAGCAAAGGAAACUUUGGAGACAACAGUAAAAGAAUUGGAAGAACUCGAUGGAUUUGUUUUCCUAAAUUCAUCUAAAGAAUUGAAUAAAAGGUUACUUUCUGCGAUGGAUACUACUCUCUCUUUAGAAAAGGUGCCCAGUGCUUUUUCACUGUUUGAGCACUAUGCGGACAGUCCAGGACAAAGCAACCAGCACUCCUUAAAACACGUGGCUGUCCCAUGGGUGCAACCGUUCUUUCCUCCGGGGCUGCCACCUGCUGGCAAGGUUAUCCAGGAAGUCAUCCAGGAAGUCAUCCAGGAAGACUCAGGCUGUGUCACUAGAAGAGCGG